AUGGCAUGGAGAGGACAUCUUUCAAAAAACAUAAAAGAGCUUCGGUUUUUGAAAUGCCAGUCAUCACCUGUAAGCUCAUCUGUCAGGUCAUUUGUGGAGAGAAAUUAUAAGGAACUGAAGACAUUGAACCCAAAAUUGCCAAUAUUAAUCAAUGAGUGCAGCGGAGUCGAACCCCAAUUAUGGGCAAGAUAUGAUUUGGGUGUUGAGAAAGGUAUCAAAUUGGAAGGUUUGUCUGAGGCACAGAUCUUUAAGGCACUUAAAGAUCUGGUAAAAGCCGGACAGUCAUUGAAAGCUUGACAUUACUGCUUAUGUAUUGUCUGAGACAGAAUAAAUGUUCUCUUUGUUAUUGCAAGUAUAAGCCAGAUUUUUUCUUCUAUGUCCCACGGCCUCUGGUAUCAGCAUGUUUCUUUCUGCAUCUUACAUCAUUUAAAGUAUGCAACUGUGGAGUUUAAGUUGAAAAUUCUGAUUUUGCUUGUUGAACACACUUAUCGUGGGAGAUUUAUUCAGACCAAAAAUUAAACUAUUAAUUUUGGUUCAAGUGAAUAUGGAUCUUGUCAAAAGUUGACUUGCCAGAUAACUUUCCUGAACUAAAAUGAAAAGAUUGUGGGCUUUGUAUUUAUUUAGUAACGAUUUAAACAAGAGUUGUAAUUCAUAUAAUGAAAAGAUUGUUGCUGAAGUUUUUUUGUUUCUGAUUGUUAUGGAAAUAAUGGGCUUCCGUAUUUGGAAAUCAGUCUUCUACAUUAACAUCUUAAUUAGUCUUUGGUGUGGGCUGCAAAUGUUAUUCAUUUAACAUCUGUUUUGUGCUAAUAGGAUAUGUUUUUUGCCAUCUUAUAUAUUAGUGGUAAUUUAUUGGAUGACAUCUCAUUUCCUGUGGAACGCUCCCUUUCCUGGUGAUAUUAGUAAACACAUAUUUCGUACACUAUUGUGAUGAUAAUUUAGUUAGAUUCUUUUUGCAUUCUCAUUCGCUUAAGUUAUGUGUAUGUGAUGAUGGGAAAUAUCAUGCUGCCUUCGCAAGUAUUCAAGUAUUUUUCUUU